AUGUCUUCGGGAAUGAAGUCUGUUGCGUAUUUUGUCAACUGGGCGAUCUAUGGACGCAACCACAACCCCCAGGACCUUCCCGCGGAUAAAUUGACUCACGUCCUCUAUGCUUUUGCCAAUGUCCGACCAGAGUCUGGCGAAGUGUACUUGUCCGAUACUUGGUCUGACGUCGAAAAGCACUACCCCACCGAUUCGUGGAACGACGUUGGCCAUAAUGCCUACGGCUGCGUCAAGCAGUUUUUCUUGCUCAAGAAACAGAACAGGAAGCUGAAGGUCCUGCUCUCGAUCGGAGGAUGGACUUACUCUUCGAAUUUCGCUCAACCCGCUAGCUCAGACGCCGGGCGGACUAAAUUCGCUGAGACCGCCACCAGGCUUGUGUUGGACUUGGGCUUCGAUGAGACCGAUUCUGACGUGGAUACAGAUGAGACCGAAGCACAGAACUUUGUCCUGCUCCUCCAGAAAUGCCGUGAGACCCUGGACAGAGCAGCUUCCAACCGGAAGUUCCUUCUGACGAUUGCGUGCCCAGCCGGCCCGAAUAAUUAUACCAAGCUCAAACUUCCUCAGAUGACACCCUACUUAGAUUUCUAUAACCUAAUGGCUUAUGACUAUGCUGGCAGCUGGGAUACCAAUGCUGGUCACCAGGCAAACAUCAAUUUUUCGACCAGCAACCCGACUUCAACGCCGUUCUCGACCGUCCAAGCGCUCGAUCACUACAUCCAAGUUGGUCUGGUACCGCCUUCUAAGAUUAUUCUGGGAAUGCCUCUGUACGGACGAGCGUUUACCAACACUGAUGGACCUGGUACCCCAUUCUCUGGAGUAGGAGAGGGAAGUUGGGAGAAUGGUAUCUGGGAUUACAAGGCAUUGCCUAGGCCUGGCGCAACAGAACAUUACGAUCCACAGGCAGGUGCAUCGUGGUCGUACGACCCUACAGCUCGGACCAUGGUGUCCUAUGACACUGUCCAAAUGGCGGAGCAGAAAAUAGACUUCAUCAAGCAGCGCAAUCUUGGCGGCGGCAUGUGGUGGGAAACCAGUGGGGAUCGCGGUGGUAAAGCCGCGAACAAAGCCGAUGGCAGCUUGAUUGGAACCUUCGUGGAGGGUGUUGGGGGAACGUCCGCUCUGGACCAAUCCUCCAACGCCCUGGCGUACCCAGAGAGCAAGUAUGACAAUCUCAGAGCGGGCCUCAACUAG